AUGUCCCCCGGCCCGCCAUUCGGAUACCAGAGCCCCUACAACUCGGGCGGUCCGCCCCCUGUGAUGGAGGUGCCGGUGAGGCCGCCGGCGCCUGGGCCGGCGAUCGAGGUGCAGGUGCCGCCGAUGCCGGGGCCAGUGUAUGAGGUGCCGCCGAGUCCCCCGAGUCCUCAGAGCCCCUCGAGUCCGCAGAGUCCUCAGAGCCCCCCGAGUCCGCCGGGGCCGGUGAUUCAGCCGCCGUUGAGGCCUCCGGGGCCGCCGCCGGGGUAUGCGGUACCGCUGGACGGGUAUAGGAGGUCGUACUGA